CACAAUUAAAGAAGUCGAGCGUGUAAUCCUACGUCAUAGACCUGUAUUUUUUUCUGCUAAGAGACUGUCCAAUACAUUAUUUCAGGGUAAUUUGGGCCAUACCACUUCGAAUCGGAUUUACUGGAGUUUCCAGGAAAAGACGCUUCCAUGAGGCAUUGCUAUGCUUUUGAAUUAUAUGAGGGCAUUCUAGAACGCUUCUGGGACUGAGCAACUAACCGAAUCCUGAAUUAUGCAACAUGGCAUGCGUGAACUUCCAAGAAUGUAAAAAAAACCUGGGGAGGACUGGCAGAAAAAGAAAGAAGAAAGACAAACAGACACAUGUAGGCACAGGAGUUAACCUGAGUUACAGACUAGAAUAUGUUCAGCUGCAAAGGUGGUUGAAAUUGAGGGGAUUUACAUCCUGUCAUCUUUUGCCAGCCAGCUUUCCAGAUACUGGAAGAGGUUUGAUGACCACAAAGGAAUUGCAGGCUGGUGACCUCAUUAUCUCUUUACCAGAGAGCUGCCUACUAACAACCUCAACAGUGCUUAAGAGUUACAUGGGUGACUAUAUUAAAAGAUGGAAGCCUCCUGUAUCACCCUUAUUGGCACUCUGUGUGUUCUUAAUUGCUGAACUUCACUUUGGGACACAGUCUGACUGGAAGCCCUACAUAGACAUUCUCCCAAAGACAUUUGAUUGCGCUGCUUAUUUACCAGGCAACAUUACAGACCUGCUUCCUGAACCUCUGCGUGGAAAAGCAAAGGAUCAGAGAGUUAUUGUUGAGGAGCUUUACCUCUCAUCCCGGAAGUUCUUUCACUCUCUACAACCUUUAUUUACUGAACAAAUCGAUGAUAUCUUCACUCUUGAUGCCCUGAGGUGGGCCUGGUCUAGUGUUAAUACCCGCACUGUAUACAUGAAAAAUACCCAAAGUGAGUUUCUUUCUAGAGAUGUGGAUGUAUAUGCCUUAGCUCCCUAUUUGGACUUGUUGAAUCAUAGUGCAACAACACAGGUAACUGCUGCAUUCAAUUUAAAUACCAGAUGUUAUGAGAUCAAAGCAGAAUCAAGAUGGAGAAGAUAUGAACAAGUAUUUAUAUGUUAUGGACCUCAUGACAGCCAGCGACUGCUUCUGGAGUAUGGCUUUGUUCUGAAGAGAAACCCUCACAGUGUUGUGUAUGUAACUGAAAAUGUUCUUCAGUCCUGCAUGACCAAUAAGGACAAACUAAUGACCCAAAAGUUUUGUUACCUGAAAGAAAAUAACUUUUUAGAGAACUUGACUUUUGGAUGUGAUGGCCCAUCCUGGAGAUUAAUGACCGCUCUGAAGGUGCUAUGCCUUGGGCCAGAUGACUAUUCCACCUGGAAGCAGGUUCUGCUUGGAGGCCCAGUUUCAGUUGAAAACGAGAGAAUGAGCUUCAGGCUGGCACAAUCUGUUUGUAACUAUCUGCUGCAUGUAAACGAUAAGAGCUUGCAGAAAAUUGAUCUUAUGAGGCUUCACAACAGAGGCAAUCUGAAAGAACAAUUGGAUCUGAUUCAGCAUUUACGGGAAGAGGAACUGCUUCUCCUCAAAUACUCGGCAGAAAUGUUAACAAGUCACACUCCAUGACAAUCAGUGACUCUGCGGCCAAGAAGAAAAAUACCUGCUUGUCUACUGCCAGUGUGUCUGUAUGCUGAGUGUAAGACGCUUUUUCUCAUGUGCAAUGCUUUCUGAUUUACUUUUAAGAUACUUGAAAAGCUAAGUGGUAAAACUCAGUCCUCUACUGUAUGCUUUAAAAGUGGCUUUAUACGUUAAGGAGUUGGAGGGCCAGAUUUUAAUGGUAAAAGGUAUUAACUGCUUUUGCAAGACCUUAGAAGGAUGAGGGAUUCUAUUUUUUACAAAAAGAGUACUUUUGUAACUUUCACUCAAGUAACAUGAUCACUGUUUGAAAUGUAUUAAAAAAAAAUAAAACCAAAA